AUGAGUACAUCGCCAAUCAGAAAAGAUAUUUUGGAGCAAGCCGAAGAUAUCAGAAUCGUUAACCUCGACCCUUUGGUGUCGCCAGCGCUUCUGCAAUCCCAAAUCCCUGCCACCAACAAAUGUCUGGAAACAGUGCAGAAGGGAAGAAAAGAAGCCAGUGAAAUCAUCACCGGUAAGGACGACAGAGUGUUGGUGAUUGUGGGACCAUGCUCGAUCCACGACCUUGACGCUGCCCAGGACUAUGCCAGACGUUUGAAAAAAAUCUCCAAAGAGCUUGAAAGUGAUAUCUGCAUCAUCAUGAGAGCGUACCUGGAAAAACCAAGAACCACGGUGGGCUGGAAAGGUCUGAUCAACGACCCGGAGAUCAACAACACCUACAAUAUCAACAAGGGUCUAGAGUACGCUAGACAGCUCUUUGUGAACCUAACCAGCGAGGGCCUUCCAAUCGGGUCAGAAAUGCUCGACACCAUCUCCCCACAGUACCUAGCAGAUUUGUUGUCUUUCGGUGCCAUUGGGGCCAGAACCACAGAGUCCCAGCUGCACAGAGAGCUGGCCUCAGGAUUAUCGUUCCCUGUUGGGUUCAAGAACGGUACGGACGGAAGCUUGGGUGUCGCCGUCGACGCAGUGUUGGCUGCAUCGCACUCUCACCACUUUAUGGGUGUUACCAAGCACGGAUUUGCUGCUAUCACCACCACCAAGGGUAACGAACACGGUUUCGUGAUUUUGAGAGGUGGUACCAAGGGUACCAACUACGAUGCCAAGUCUGUGGCCGAGGCCAAGAAACAGCUGCCAGAGGGUAGAGGUUUGAUGAUCGACUGUUCUCACGGUAACUCCAACAAGGACUACAGAAACCAGCCAAAGGUCAAUGCUGCAGUCUGUGAACAAAUCGCGAACGGUGAGGAUAAAAUCAUCGGUGUCAUGAUUGAGUCCCACAUCAACGAGGGUAAGCAAUCCAUUACUGCUGAGGGCAAAUCCGCACUCAAAUACGGUGUUUCCAUCACCGACGGCUGCAUAGGCUGGGAAACCACCGAACAGGUCCUACGUGAUUUGUCCACGGCUGUCAAGCAGAGGAGAGAACUUAGAAACUCGGCCUCUGCUUGA